AUGAGGCUGCUACGCAUCCUCCCCUUUGUCGCCUCUGCGGCGGCCUUCGUCGUCAACAACGGCACCGAAUGCACUGUCUUUCCUGAAAGUCUGACCCAUGGCGGACAGCCGGUGGACGACUCGCCGUCGAUCCUGAAGGCGUUUGAGCUGUGUGGGAUCAAUGGCUCCGUCAUCCUGCCGGACGAGAAAUUCCACAUCAACCAGGUCAUGAACACGACGAACCUGCUGAACUGCGACGUCUCCAUCUAUGGCGAGCUGAUCUGGAGUACCAACAUCCCGUACUGGCUGUCGCACAGCUACCCUGUCACUUUCCAAAACUUGUCUGCGGCAUGGUUAUUCGGUGGCACCAACGUGACGCUGAGGGGAUACGGUAAGGGACGGUUCUUCGGGAAUGGCCAAACCUGGUACGACGAGAACCGCAACAACAGCAACCAGCCGGGCCGGCUGAUGGCGUUUGUCAUCUACAACUCGACCAACGUCCUCGUCGACGGACUCAGCUGGUUCCAGUCGCAGUUCUGGCACUCGUUCGUGUCCUUUUCGCAGAACGUGACCAUGUCGAAUAUCUUCAUGAACUCGACGAGCAACGACGGCAACAGGACCGUCAAUACGGACGGCACGGACACGUGGAACUCCCGAGACGUGAAGUUCUAUAACUGGACUGUGCAGAAUGGCGACGACUGCAUCGCCAUCAAAGGCAACAGCACCAACAUCCACGCCAAGAACAUCACCUGCUACCACUCCAAUGGCAUGCCGAUCGGCUCGGUGGGCCAGUUCCCUGGCGAGCCCGACUACGUGGAGAACAUCCUCUUUGAGGACGUGACCCUGAUUGACUCAAACAACGCCGGCUGGAUUAAGGCAUGGCAGGGCGUGCCAACAACGCAAGACGCCAACGGCGACAACGGGGGUGGUGGAGGUGGCUGGGCGAAGAACGUGACCUUCCGAAACUUCAAGCUGCACAACGUCGCUCUGCCGAUCUAUGUCACGGAGUGUAUUUAUGGCGGAGAUCCGUCCGUGUGCGACACAUCUGAGUUCCAAAUCUCCGACAUCACCUGGGAGAACUUCACCGGCACGUCCAAGUACGACAUCAUCGCGUCGCUGCACUGCAGCAGCAAGGUGCCGUGUCCCGGCCUGAAGUUUGUUGACAUCAACAUCGAGACGAUGAAUACCAGCCUGGGCCUGCCGAGCAAGCCGCUGGUGUACCAGUGCGCGAACUUGGUGAAUCCCAUCGACAUCCCGUGCAAUCAGUAUGCCCCGAAUGAUUUCCCGGAGACGCCGACGCAGAACUAUUAA